AUGGCGACGGCUAGGGUUUUGGUAGGCGAUACAGAGAUGGAGCUAGGUGAGGUGGAUAGACCGCCGGGAGACCCUCCAGACGGUCAGGUAUCAUGGGCAAGCAAGGUUAGAGGAAGUAGCGGCCGUGGGAUACCAAAUCCAAAGGAUGUGGUGGCGGAUGAGUUUGUGCAGGCGAGGUUACAUGUUGAGUUCCCGAACGGCGAGGAUGGAGAACCAGUGAUAGGACAGGAGGUGCUAGAGGCUAUGAAUGGGCUGUGGAAACGUUGUAUGAUUGUGAAAGUUUUAGGGCGGAACGUUGCGAUCUCGGUACUCAGUAGAAAACUAAGGGAGAUGUAG